ACGAUCGAUCCGGUCAAUCUCAACGCCAUCCUCAAUAAAUCCCAUACAGAUUGGGCGCCAUCCAAAAGUCGUGCCAGGACCAUGUAUCCACUGGCGCAAGAGGGCUUGCUGAACUCUGAAGGCGAGGCAUGGCACAAGAAUAGGAAGAUGGUCAUGAGGCAUAUCGGAACGAAGAGAGCCAAAGAUGUUCGUCAUUCCGAGGGCGACAUCCAGCUGCUGUUCACUGCCAUAGGUCCUACAGAGCAGGAUGGCUGGACUGGCGUCGUCGACCUUCUUGACCUCUUUCAUCGAUUAUCACUCGACAUGUCCACCACUUUCCUACUGGGCACUUCCGCCGACUCGCAGCUGAACGGCAUGCGCGAGACUAGGCUCAAAGCCGCGAUGGAAGAGUUCGACCUUGUGCCGUCCAAGCGAAGCAAAGCAAAGAUGAGCUACGGAGUAGCAUAUGAAACCGUACGCAACCACUUCUCUCGGCGCUCGAAGCUCGGCUCGAAGUACUGGAUGGCGGAUGGUCUGAGGUACCGCAAGGCGUGCGCGACUCUCAACAAGUUCGCGGACGAUCUGAUUGCGCGCGCGAUAGAUAGACGCAAAGGCGUGCCAGAGGGAGUCGACGUGGCUGAGUUUGGUCUAGUCGAUAGCCUCGUCAAGGACAUUGGCGAUCCGAUCCAAAUUCGAAACCUUGUGAUGGACUUGUUCAUUGCUGGUCAGAACAUGACCGGGACCAUGGCGGCUUGGGUCUUCGCGCAGCUGGAGGCACACCCGGAUAUCUUUCAACGAGUCCGAGCAGAGGUUCUCGAAAAGUUCGGCCCGGAAGAAGCUCCACUUGCUCCCCUGACUUGGGACAAUCUUCGCUCUUGCACGACCAUGCAGCAUGUCAUCCUCGAGACCCUGCGAAUGUAUCCUCUGCUCGCCAAUAUUGGCCGCAAUGCGAAACGGGACACGGUCUUGCCACGCGGCGGUGGUGAAGACGGGAUGCAACCCAUGGCCGUACCCAAAGGCGCCGCAGUAACAGCAAACGUCUACCUCAUGCACCGGCGCGAAGAAGAGUGGGGAGAGGAUGCGUGGGAGUUCCAGCCGGAUCGUUGGAUCGGAAGGAAGAUUUCUGCAGACUAUGCACCGUUUGGGAUGGGUCCAAGGAUCUGUGUUGGUCAGCAAUUGACUAUGACUGAGAUCUCGUACCUGAUGGCGAGGAUGAUGCAGCAUUUCUGUGACAUGAAGGCUCCGGAGGGUCAGAACAAUCUGACCAAGGGCUAUCGCGUGGUUGUAGCGCCGAAGAAUGGUGUCAAGGCCAGGCUGAGGAGGGCU